GACCAGCAGUGGAUCCAAUGAUCUGUUUGAGCAGGAGCAGAGGAGCGCAACGUUUUUCUUCUGCACAAACCGACACGAAUCCUGGUGGAGAUAAUCUUCCUGUACCGGUUCCUCAUAAGGAGAAAGAGAUUUUCUUCCAAAUUAGAAGUUUGUGCCCUUUUUUGCAAACUGGAAACUGAAGACUUUUCUGGUGUUUGUUGGUAAGCAAAUAAAACUGCUGUGGACCUGGACAGAAUGGACCCUCCGGAGAAACUUGAAUGCCAGCAGCGAAAGGAGAAGAAGAUAUUUGGUUUGAAAGUGAGGAAGAAGAAGAAAGACAAAACAGACCUGGUCCUGGCAAACAAGGGUGCUGUGGACAGUGAGGUGGAGGUGGCGUCUGGAGUGCCUCUCCUCCAGGAAGAAGAGACCAGUGAGGAGCAGCCUGAAGUCAGAACCAGAAUAAUCCGCAACAACAAAAGGGCCAAACUGAAAACCCACAUCCAGGACAGCGAGGGGAAACCACAGAGCUUCCAGAUUGCCAUCAACAUCACAGAAGCCAGACAGCUUGUGGGGGAAAACAUCGACCCCAGUGUGGUGAUUGAGAUUGGUGAUGAGAAGAAACAGACCUCAGUCAAAGAGGGAACCAACGCUCCCUUUUACAAUGAGUACUUUGUGUUUGACUUCUUCGCCCAUAAAGAGGUCUUCUUUGACAAGGUCAUCAAGCUGACGGUGGUUCACUCGAAGAUGCUGAGGACUUUCAAUGUUGGAUCCUUUAAACUGGACGUUUGGACGGUUUACAAACAGCCAGGCCACCAGUUCUUUAACAAAUGGGCGAUGUUGACGAAUCCUGCUGACAUCGGCACUGGGGUCAAAGGUUAUGUUAAGUGUGACAUCAGCGUCUCGGCAAAGGGAGACGCCAUGCAGCCGGGACAAAAAGCAAGUGAUGCUGAAGAGCAGAUAGACAAGAACCUGCUGAUUCCAGAGGGCUUUCCCUCCGAGCGACCGUGGGCUCGUUUCUGUGUAAAAGUGUACCGAGCUGAAGGUCUCCCCCGGAACAACUCCAGCAUCAUGGCCAACGUCACCAAAGCCUUCAUUGGAGACAACACGGCACUCAUAGACCCAUAUGUCGUGGUCAGCUUCUUCAAACAACUGGGUCGCACAUCCACCCAGAGGUCCACCGCAGAUCCAGUGUGGAAUGAGCAGAUUGUCUUCAUCGAGAUGUUUCCUCCUUUGUGCCAGAGGCUGAAGAUCCAGGUCUGGGAUGAAGGAAGCAUGAGUGAUGUUGCCAUAGGAACCCAUUACUUUGACCUGAGACGCAUCGCCAAUGAACAGGAUGGUGACAAAGGGUUUUUACCCACAUUUGGUCCUGCUUGGAUCAACAUUUAUGGCUCUGCUCGAAACUUCUCUUUGGGUGAUGACACAGCAGAGCUUAAUGAGGGCAUCGGUGAAGGUGUAUCCUACAGGGGUCGAAUCUACUUGGAGCUGGCUGUGGAGAUCAUGUCGGGGGGUGCAGGUUCAGGUUCCAAGCUCAGCCGAAUGAUCAAACCCGUGAAAGACGCUAAAGCAGGCAAAUCUGGAGGGAAGGAUGGGAAGACGCCUGCAGGAGGAGGAGGAGGAGGGGCAGCUGAUGAGGAUAAAGGCAAAGCUGCAGCAGAGGUUUCACCUGUGGAAUCUCCUCCUGACCUGACGUCAGACAACAACGAAAGCUUCCUGCUGUUCGGUGCUUUGUUUGAAGCCACCAUGAUUGACAGAAAGAUCGGGGACAGGCCCAUCAGCUUGGAGUUCUCCUUGGGUAACUACGGUAAUGUUUUAGAGUCGGUGCCUUCGUCCAGCUCUCCCACUCCUGCCGUCACUCGGAGGAGAAGGGCGCUGGAUGUCCCAGAAAGCGGUGGCUUGUUUGGUACCUCCCCUCUCAGCUCGUCCCCCACCAGCCCCACCUCACCCCUCCUGCCCCGAGAACCCGCAGAUCCCGCCGUUGGCUUCAAGUCCACCACGCCUGCACAGAGGCCGAUCAUCGUUGAGGGAAACAGGCACUACAUGCAUUUGCCCCUGGAGAAGCAGAAGCCGUGCAUUAACGUGCUCAGUUACUGGGAGGACAGAAUCUACCGGCUGCACAACUCAAACAUGCUGGAGAACAUAGCUCUUCAGUUUGAAGACGGCGUGUCCAGUGCAGCCGAGCUUCACAAGAAGUCCGACCCGUCGGCGGAGCCAACGCUCAAAACUGUUCUCAGAGAUUUCUGCUUGGAUGCCAAGAGUUUCAUUGCAGCUGCUGAGGCGAAGUUGAAGGCUGAGAUGAAGUCCGGCUACCUGACGCAGCUGGAUAAGAAACGCCUGACCAUGUGCAAACAGGAGCUGGAGAGUAUGAUAGGAGAAGCCCAGUCCAUGCGCGUGAGGAAAAGAAAAGCUGGUGGGAUAAAGGAAAUGCUGCAGGAUGCAACAAAACUCACACAAAAACUACGUUUUCUUGUUCAAGAGCCCCAACACACAGUGCCGGACACGUUUGUGUGGCUGCUAAGCAACAACAAGCGCGUUGCAUAUGCUCGAGUGGGAACCAGAGACCUGCUGUACUCCAGCAACCAGGAGGCCAGAGGAAUCCUCUGUGGCAAGAUCGUGACUCUGUUUCUGAAGCCCCCAGCAAAGCGUGUCACGGGCUUGUCGGUCCAAGCCAAGGUGGAUGUGUAUCUGUGGUUUGGAAGGUGCUCGGAUGCAGGCCACACGUUGGAUGAUCUGCCUGCAGGAUUCACACCAUCCACAGGGGGCGCCAGCCCCCCUCCUACUCAUUUGAUCUGUUCUGAGCAGCACCAGUUCCAGCUGAGGUGCCACAUGUAUCAGGCUCGAGGUCUCAUUGCUGCAGACAACACGGGCCUGUCAGACCCGUUUGCCCGAGUCACAUUCCUCUCUCACAGCCAAACCACCAACAUCAUCAGUCAGACUCUCAGCCCCACGUGGAAUCAGUGUUUGCCAAUGAGCCGCGUGCUGCUGACUGGCGACCUGCGGCACAUCCAGGAAGAGCCCCCACGCAUCAUCAUAGAAGUGUACGACGACGACGCUCUGGGAAAGGCUGAGUAUCUGGGGGCGACCGUGGCGGUCCCGGAGGUCCGUCUGUCGUCCGAACCCUACACCCCACCCACCCUGCAGUACAGCCCUCUGCACUGCGGCAGCCAGUCAGGAGGAGACUUGCUGGCUGCGUUUGAGCUGCUGCAGAUUCCCGAUCCCAGCCAGCAGAGUGUUCCAGACUUGGAGGAGCAGGAGGGAAUGUACACGGUUCCUCCAAACAUCAGGCCAGUUCUCAGCACCUACAGGCUGGAGGUGUUGUUCUGGGGUCUGAGGGAGCUGAAGAAGGUUCAGCUCUUGUCUGUUGAUCGACCACAGGUGUUCAUAGAGUGUGCAGGUAAAACGCUGCGUUCUUCUGUCAUCCAGAAGUACAAGUCCAACCCAAACUUCACUACGCUGGUCGAUGCCAUCGAGCUGGAGUUACCCGAGAACGAACACCUCCAUCCUCCUCUCAGUAUCACGGUUGUGGACUGGCGGGCUUUUGGCCGCAGCACGCUGGUCGGAAACCACAUCAUCAAUAACCUCAAGGCUUUCCAAUACACUCCUCUUCCAGCGCCGCCUGCAGCCAUCCAGAUACACAAGCCGCCUCCAGGGUCCUCGCCAGUGCCAGACCCGCCCAGUGUCGAGGGACUGUUGCCGGAUGCUGGGGACACCAGUUCAGCUGUGACAUUAACUCGCCAGGAUUUCCUCAUCACCGUGGAGGAUGAAGCUCCGCCUCCACCCAUCUCACCCCAAGAGCCCAAGAAGAAGAAGAGUGGCUCAAAGAGCACCCAUCGCUCCACCAAGCGGCGGAGGCGGACCAUCGCUGACGAAUCAGCUGAGUGCGUCAUCGACUGGUGGUCUAAAUACUACGCAUCUGUGGAGAAACAGGACAAACAGGACGGUUCUCCCUUCCCCCACGUCUUUGAAAAAGCUUCGCCGUACGAGACUUUACUCAGCGAUGGAAUACACUCUUUGGUCAGCAGCCAGUCGGAUGGAGACAAAAAGAAGAAACAGAAAGGAAAGGGAACAUUGGAGCUUAGUGUUGGUCUGCGUACUAAAAUAGCCACACUGAAGCUGUACACCAGGGAACUGGAAGCAGAGUUUGAACACUUUGAUGACUGGGUGAACACAUACGAGCUGUUCAGAGGAAAAGCCAAUGAGGAGGAAGGAACAUCUGAGGAAAGGUUUGUCGGGAAGUUUAAGGGACGAUUCUGCCUGUAUAAGCUCACUGACAGUGAAGCCGAGGACUGGGACGAUCCUGCUGACACAGGCCACUUCAGAGUCAACAGAGGGAUCCCCCCCAACAGCCGGGUCCAGGUCCUCAUAAGGGUCUACAUCGUUUCUGCUUCUAACCUGCACCCAGCUGACCCGGAUGGGAAGGCAGACCCGUACGUUGUUUUGCGACUCGGUAAAAAUGAAAUCAAAGACAGAGACAACUACAUCCCAAAACAGCUCAACCCUGUUUUUGGAAGGUCUUUUGAGAUGCAGGCCACGUUUCCUCAGGAGUCUCUGCUAACGGUGCUUAUCUACGACUAUGACCUGGUGGGAGGGGACGACCUGAUCGGAGAGACUCGCAUUGACUUGGAGAACCGAUUUUACAGCCGUCACAGAGCCACCUGUGGACUCCCUACCGAGUACAGUCUAGAUGGUUACAACGCCUGGAGAGACUGUCUGAAGCCGUCCGAGCUGUUAUCAAAGAUGUGCCGAGAACAUGGUGUGGACGGUCCUCACUUCAGUCCGGGACGCAUCAUCGUGGCAGACAAGGUUUUCACCGGCAAGACGCUCUACAUGAAUGAUGACCAACCAGUGGAGUCAUAUGAGCACCUGUCUCUGAAGAUCCUGCACCGCUGGGCUGAAAUCCCAGCUGUGGGAUGCAAGAUGGUACCAGAACACAUCGAGACUAGGACUCUGUUCCACAAGGAUCGGCCUGGAAUGGACCAGGGCCAGGUCCAGAUGUGGAUAGACAUGUUCCCCAUGGACCUGCCACAUCCAGGACCAUCAGUGGACAUUUCACCUCGGAAACCAAAAGGGUACGAGCUCCGUAUUAUCAUCUGGAACACAGAGGACGUCAUUCUGGCAGACAGCAACUUCCUGACGGGGCAGCAGUCCAGCGACAUUUACGUCAAAGGCUGGCUGAAAGGUUUAGAGGAUGACCGCCAGGAGACAGACGUACACUACAACUCUCUGACUGGAGAAGGAAACUUCAACUGGCGCUUUGUGUUUCCCUUCAGCUACCUGCCUGCUGAGAAGGUUGUGGUGGUGGAGAAGAGGGAGAGCAUCUUCUCUCUGGACAAAACGGAGCAGAAGCUCCCCGCCAUCCUCAUCCUGCAGGUCUGGGACUUCGAGACGCUUUCUUCAGAUGACUUCCUCGGCACAUUGGAGUUGGACCUUCACGGAUUCCCUCACGGAGCAAAAACAGCCAAGUCAUGUAAGGCGGACUUGCUGACGGACACGAUGGAGAGAAUCUCCAUCUUCCAGCAGAAGAGGGCCCGAGGCUGGUGGCCUUUCAGCAAGUCUGGCGAGCUCACGGGGAAGGUGGAGGCAGAGUUCCACCUUGUGACGGCUGAGGAGGCUGACAAGAAUCCUGUGGGCCGAGCUCGCAAAGAGCCAGAGCCGCUGCCAAAACCAAACCGUCCAGAUACCUCCUUCUCCUGGUUUGUCAAUCCAUUCAAGUGUUUCUUCCACCUGGUGUGGCGAAACUACAAGAAGUACAUCAUCAUUGGCUUCCUCCUGCUCGUCACGGCGCUCUUCCUCGCCCUGCUGUUCUACACGCUGCCAGGAGCCAUCUCUCAGAAGAUCUUAACAGGCUAACAGACGGAGCACAAUGGACAUGUCAUCUUUUAAAACCACACGUCUUCCAGCUCACACGCAAACAAGAACACCAAUUUUCAGUACUUUUUCUUUCACAUGAAUAGGAACAGAAGGGCUGAGACAUGGGGCACUUUUCACAUUUUUUUUUUUAAUGGAAAUCGUUGACAAAAAAAGGAAAUAGGCUACAAUAGUCAGUAACGUGUAGUUUUGGAAACAAAAAACAAACUUGUUUCAGGUUAUUGACACGAUGAAAGUCUUAACUGCAGUCGUUAUAACUGAGCAGAACUUGACGAGCCCCGUUUCACAUCCGUGUUACUGGUCAGUCUUGAACAUGUUUCGACUCCACAAGAGUCAAAGAAGGGGCUUAGGGUUGGCCAUCUCUUCUUCCAGAUGUGUUGCAUUCCUGCAUGUGGGAUUGAUUGUGUUUGUGAUGAGCUGCUCGUAAAAUCCCAAAAUAUGUGCUGAGUUUUAAACUCACUCAUACACAGCAUCUCAAGAGGUGAAUCUGUGGGUUCCCCCCUCCUGAAACGGCAGCAAGAAGGUGACGGUGCAAGAAAUCCCACAAAGAGAAAGCAACGUAACUGGAUGGGGCCUCUGACCUGUCACUUUAAAAUGAACCAUGUGAACCCUGAAGAUCAUAUUUACAGAUUAAUAUUUUAAAUAUGGAACUUCAUAACAUCGAUACUGAAGACAUACAGAAAAGAUAACGUCCAUGUUUUUCACAGCAAAGUAAAAAUGGUGCUUUUUUUUUUUUUUGUCAAGACAUAAAUGUGGGAAUAAAGUGCUUGUAAAUUGGAGGAAAAUGGACUGAAAUGUUAAGUUGUGUGCUAAAUAAAGCUCCAGUGAGCUCUUCUGUCACUCAAUGAGCUGGAUCUGUGUUGAGUUCACUGCAACG